AUGACCCAACUGGGCUUCCUGCUGUUUAUCAUGGUUGCCACCAGAGGGUGCAGUGCAGCUGAAAAGAACCUGGACAGCGACAGAUGGGCCAAUUCUUACUUUUCCUCUCUGCCCAGAAGCUGCAAGGAAAUCAAGCAGGAGCACAGAAAGGCACAAGAUGGCCUCUAUUUCCUGCGCACAAAGAACGGUGUCAUCUACCAGACUUUCUGUGACAUGACCACUGCAGGUGGUGGCUGGACCCUGGUGGCUAGUGUGCAUGANAACAACAUGGCUGGGAAGUGCACUGUGGGAGAUCGCUGGUCCAGUCAGCAAGGCAGCAGAGCUGAUUACCCAGAGGGGGAUGGCAACUGGGCCAACUACAACACCUUUGGGUCUGCAGAGGGUGCCACAAGUGAUGACUACAAGAACCCUGGCUACUUCGACAUCCAGGCUGAGAACCUGGGCAUCUGGCAUGUGCCCAACAAAAGCCCCCUGCACAACUGGAGGAACAGCUCCCUGCUGAGGUACCGCACCUUCACUGGCUUCCUGCAGCACAUGGGCCAUAAUCUGUUUGGCCUCUACCAGGAAUUCACUGCAGGAUAUGUUCAGUUCAGAGUGUUUAAUAAUGAGAGAGCAGCCAAUGCUUUGUGUGCUGGCAUAAAGGUCACUGGAUGUAAUACUGAANAU